AUGAAGCACCUUUUGGCUCUGCGCUCCCUGGCCUUUCGGUCUUUCUCGACAGCAGUCAGAAACCAGUUCAAAAACAAAGUGCUAGAGUAUCAGAGGAUCUUCCAGGCAGACAAUGAUCUUCCUGUCCACCUGAAGGGAGGAACAGUCGACACUGUGCUCUAUCAUAUCACCAUGGUGAUCACAGUCAGAGGCGCGUUCUUCUCAAUCUGUCACUUAUUUCAGGCCGCUCUACCUCGAAAAAAGAAAUGA